CAUUAUCAAAAUUGUGUUGUUAUUCGAAUAUCGCUUCAUCUAAAGUUUGUUUACUUCUCAGAUUCCGCUCACACAAGUCGCAGAAUGGCGUCAUCCUCGUCGGCAUCAGUUGUGUCCACCGGUGGUGAAAUUUCCACAAAGGCCACAAUCUUGAAACUACUGGACGACCAACAGCGUCCUGUUUCACUGACUGAUAUUUCGGAGAAGGUCAAGGACCUGGGAAAGUCGUCUGUCCAGAGGGCGCUCGGUAGUCUGGUCAGUCGGGGCAAGAUCAUCGAAAAAGUGUACGGCAAACAAAAGAUUUACUGCAUUGCGCAACAGUCGUCCAAUCCGGUUGGCGGACGGGAGCUCGAUGAAAUCAUCCGCCAACUGGACUCCAGCUGUAGCCAAGUGCGCGAGGACUUGACUGAAAAGCAGAAACAGAUUCGGGCUGCGGAAGGUGAGCUGUUGGAAUUGUCCUCCAAGUUGUCGGUCGAAGAUGCUCUUCGUGAAAUCGAAUCCUUGGAGGAGAGCAUCCAAUGCUACCAGAGCCAGUUGGAGGAACAUGAAACCGACGGCGACGGUCAGGAAGCUUUCUCGAGUGCUGGUGAGUUAAGCAAGGAUGCGUUGGCGGAAAAGUACAACCGGUAUUUGAUGGCCUAUCGCAAGCGUAAGCGCAUCUGUACCGAAAUGAUCGACAGCAUUAUGGAGAGUUAUCCGAAAAGCAAACAGCACCUUUUGGACGAUAUCGGCGUUGAAACAGACGAGGUGGUUGAUUUCAAGCUGGAGUAGUGUUCGUGGUUGGAAAAUGUCAUUCGAGUAAGACGUGAUCUUUGAACGUUGCACCAUGCGGUGUUGAUCUUUAAUUGUGGUUGAGGUAAUGCUAAU